AUGGGACGGCAUUCUUCAUCUUCACGCUCACCCCCUCGAAAGUACGACGACCGUCACGGUGAAACUUCUAGCCGUGAUAGAUACACUCAUGAGGAUAGACCCAAGAGAACACGAAGCCGAAGCAGGUCCAGAGACCGUGACGAUCAUCCACGGCGAGAUAAAGAUAGGAAGAGGGAUAGGAGCACAAGCAAAGAACGCAAGAGACGCAAACGUGAUAAGUCAGAAGAACGUCGCGCACGGAAAGCCGAGAAGAGACGAAUGAAAGAAGAAGAGGAAGCUCGCCAAAUAGCAGAAUUAAGCGUGUACAGUGCUACCGACAAUCCUUUCCAUGACGUGAAUCUUGGCCAACAGUUUCGUUGGCAUAAGAAGAACGAAAAGGAACGGAAGCAGGGAAUGUCACUCUUGGAAUCUCAAAGGAGGGAUGCUAUUCGAAGACAAGAGGCAAAAGAAGAACUGGAACGGUUAAACAAGCGGAGAGCGGAGCGGGAAGUUGAAACGCGCCUGCGAGAAGAAGAGGAGAUGCGAAUGCAAAGGAUGCAGGAGUCAGCUCAGAUGUCGGAGUGGCUGGCGAAGGAAGGUGACUUCCAACUUGAGCAAGAGCGGUCUAGGGCAACCAUCAGAAUAAAGGAAAAGAGAGCCAAAGCUAUCGAUUUCCUUGCUCUCAAUUUGAAAUACGUCAACCCUCCUGAAGAAGGCGAGAAUGAAGAGGACGCAGAAUUGGAAAUAGAUCUUGACGAACCGUACAAGAUCCUCGACAACUUGAUCGCUAAACAAGUCGAGGAAUUGCAUGAUGACAUUGAACGAUACCUUGCACUAGAGCAAGACGAGGUCAACAUUGAUUUCUGGACGAACAUGAUGGUGGUUUGUAAAGAUAGGAUGGACGGCAUUAAAGCUAGUGAAAGAAUGGGCGUCGCUGCGGCUGCCGCGGUGGAGAACGAUAUAGCUGCGCUCCUUUCCAAGAAGUCAUACGACGAGUUAACAUCUUUGCAGAGACAAGUGCAAGGAAAACUUACUAGCAGAGAACCUAUCGAUACAGACUAUUGGGAAUCGCUCCUGAAGAAGAUUCUGGUUUGGAAGGCGAAGUCAAACCUGCGAAGUCUUCACGAGGUUGUUGUCCGAAACCGCCUUGAACAGCUUCGUAAACGCCAAAGAGAUGAGGCCUUACAAGCUCAGGAAGAGCUUCUUGCUGGGGUUGCAAGGUCGGCAUCCUUGCGUGCCAAAGAUACAAAACCUUUGAUGAUCGUACAACCAACUCCUGAGGAUGAGGAGCAAGAACCAUACGACCGUUCUAUGAGUCCACCUCUCAUUGACAUUACAAAGUUACCCAUGGAAGAACGGCAGAUUGAUAUCCUUACUCAGGAAGAAGAUCAGCGGACGAUGCUCGAACUACGGAAGAGCGUAGCUGCCUCACGAUUCGUACCAAAAGCAGCUCAGGCCGUCUUGGAGUCACAAGAGGACGUUCUUGAUGCCAGUGGCGCUGACCUCGCCUCAGAGGCGCUAUACCGAGCGGAAGCAGAGAAAGAACUGGACGAGGAAGAGGAGCUCUUCAAUAUGGAGGAAAAUAUUGCCAAUCCGACCACUUACCAUUGGGAAGACAAAUAUCGCCCAAGGAAACCACGAUACUUUAAUCGCGUUCAUACCGGAUACGAAUGGAAUAAAUACAAUCAAACACAUUAUGACACAGACAACCCCCCUCCAAAGGUCGUUCAGGGAUACAAAUUCAAUAUAUUUUACCCCGAUCUCAUUGACAAGUCGAAAGCACCGACAUAUAAAAUUAUCAAGGAACCUGGUAACGACGAUACAGUUCUGCUACAUUUUAGUGCGGGUCCCCCGUACGAAGAUAUCGCGUUCAGAAUAGUCAAUCGAGAAUGGGAGUUUUCACACAAGCGUGGUUUUCGAAGUAGUUUUGACAGGGGAUGCCUUUCUCUGUGGUUUAAUUUCAGGCGUAACUUUUAUAGGAAAUAA